GAGCAGAACCACCCUUUGCUGGCCAGUCGCGUCUCGACUCCUAGGGAGCAAGCGGCGGUGGUAACUGGGAAGAAAGAUAAGGAAGGAAAGAGGAAGCAGCGAGGGAAGAAGGAAAAUGAAACUGGUGCUGGGGGAGCCCGCGAGAAGGUGGCCGACAGUGGAAGAAGGCAGAUUUGACUGCUUCUUCUCCACACCCCAGGAGUGAACGCCCUCUCCUACGCGACCCCAGGAAAUAAGUGUGUCUUGCCUGAAUUGAAAAGGAAAAGAAUAUAUCCAAGUGAGAACGUUGUUCCUCUGUCACCGCUGUCCCCUUGGAACUCCCGCUGCUUCUCAGCCCAGCCUCCUUUCGGGGCUGGACGCAGUGCCCAAGGCGCCCUGCAGAUGGGGCGGGCAGGGAACAGGCGCCCAAGCCGCGGGUGACAGGCGGUGGCCUGCCCGCCUGCAGGGACCGUCGCUCAGGGACCGGGCGGGCAGAAGGUACAGGCGGAGGAACCUGUGCGUGGGAUCUGAGACGGCCCAGGGAGCACUAGGUUCCAACUUGGAUGGCCUGGAGACCUCUACAGCUCCAAAGACCGCUCCAGCUCCAGGGUCCGCUUCACCGCGUCUAGUGAAGCUGCACUCCGGACCUGGAGGCGGAGACCUUAGGCGACGGCUGCAGAGGGGCAAGCCGGGCGCAGAAGGGGGCGCGCUUUCUCCCUGCGGGUCUCAGUAAUGAGGAGACUGAGUUUGUGGUGGCUGCUGAGCAGGGUCUGUCUGCUGCUGCCGCCGCCCUGCGCACUGGUGCUGGCCGGGGUACCCGGCUCCUCCUCGCACCCGCAACCCUGCCAGAUCCUCAAGCGCAUCGGGCACGCGGUAAGGGUGGGCGCCGUGCACUUGCAGCCCUGGACCACGGCCCCACGCGCAACCAGCCGCACUCCGGAUGGCAGAAGGGCAGGUGUCCAGAGGGAUGAGCCGGAGCCAGGGACUUGGCGGCCCCCAGUGCCCUCACAGGGCUCACGCUGGUUGGGGAGCGCUCUGCAUGGCCGGGGUCUGCCUGGCGCCCGCAAGCCCGGCGACAGUGCGGGGACCGAGACUCUGUGGCCGCGGGACGCCCUCCUAUUCGCCGUGGACAACCUGAACCGCGUGGAAGGGUUGCUGCCCUACAACCUCUCUUUGGAAGUGGUGAUGGCCAUCGAGGCAGGCCUGGGCGAUCUCCCGCUUUUGUCCUUCUCCUCCCCUAGCUCUCCGUGGAGCAGUGACCCUUUCUCCUUUCUGCAGAGUGUGUGCCACACCGUGGUGGUGCAAGGGGUAUCUGCACUUCUGGCCUUCCCCCAGAGCCAGGGCGAGAUGAUGGAGCUCGACUUGGUCAGCUCAGUCCUGCACAUUCCAGUAAUCAGCAUCGUGCGCCACGAGUUUCCGCGGGAGAGUCAGAAUCCCCUUCACCUACAACUGAGUUUAGAAAAUUCCUUAAGUUCUGAUGCUGAUGUCACUGUCUCAAUCCUGACCAUGAACAACUGGUACAAUUUUAGCUUGUUGCUCUGCCAGGAAGACUGGAACAUCACCGACUUCCUUCUCCUUACCCAGAAUAAUUCCAAGUUCCACCUCGGGUCUAUCAUCAACAUCACUGCUAACCUAUCCUCCACCAAGGAUCUCUUAAGCUUCCUACAGGUCCAGCUUGAGAGUGUUAAGAACAGCAUACCCACAAUGGUGAUGUUCGGCUGCAGCAUGGAGAGAAUUCGAAAGAUUUUUGAAAUUUCCACCCAGUUUGGGGUAACACCCCUCGAGCUUCACUGGGUGCUGGGAGAUUCGCAGAAUGUGGAAGAACUGAGGACGGAAGGUCUGCCCUUAGGGCUCAUUGCUCAUGGAAAAACAACACAGUCUGUUUUUGAGUACUACGUACAAGAUGCCAUGGAGCUGGUUGCAAGAGCAGUAGCCACAGCCACCAUGAUCCAGCCAGAACUUGCUCUCAUUCCCAGCACAAUGAACUGUAUGGAAGUGAAGACUACAAAUCUCACAUCAGGACAAUAUCUAUCAAGGUUUCUGGCCAACACCACUUUCAGAGGCCUCAGUGGUUCCAUUAAAGUGAAAGGUUCCACCAUCAUCAGUUCAGAAAACAACUUUUUCAUCUGGAAUCUGCAACAUGACCCUAUGGGAAAACCAAUGUGGACUCGCUUGGGCAGCUGGCAGCAGGGGAAAAUUGUCAUGGACUAUGGAAUAUGGCCAGAGCAGACCAAGAGGCACAAAACCCACUUCCAGCACCCAAGUAAGCUACACUUAAGAGUGGUGACCCUGAUUGAGCACCCAUUUGUCUUCACAAGGGAGGUAGAUGAUGAAGGCUUAUGCCCAGCUGGCCAACUCUGUCUAGACCCGAUGACUAAUGACUCUUCCAUACUGGACAGUCUAUUUAGUACCCUCCAUAGCAGUAAUGAUACAGUGCCAAUCAAAUUCAAGAAGUGCUGCUAUGGGUAUUGCAUUGAUCUGCUGGAACAGCUAGCAGAAGACCUGAACUUUGACUUUGACCUCUACAUUGUUGGAGAUGGAAAGUAUGGAGCCUGGAAAAAUGGUCACUGGACGGGGCUGGUUGGUGAUCUCCUGAGUGGGACUGCCCACAUGGCAGUUACUUCCUUCAGCAUCAAUACUGCAAGGAGUCAGGUGAUAGAUUUCACCAGCCCUUUCUUCUCCACCAGCUUGGGCAUUUUAGUGAGGACCCGAGACACAGCAGCUCCCAUUGGAGCCUUCAUGUGGCCACUCCACUGGACAAUGUGGCUGGGAAUUUUUGUGGCUCUUCACAUCACUGCCAUCUUUCUCACUCUGUAUGAAUGGAAGAGCCCCUUUGGCAUGACACCCAAGGGGAGGAAUAGAAGUAAAGUCUUCUCUUUUUCUUCAGCCUUGAAUGUCUGUUAUGCCCUUCUGUUUGGUAGAACAGCAGCCAUAAAACCUCCAAAAUGCUGGACUGGAAGAUUUCUAAUGAAUCUUUGGGCCAUUUUCUGUAUGUUCUGCCUUUCUACAUAUACAGCAAACUUGGCUGCUGUCAUGGUAGGUGAGAAGAUCUAUGAAGAACUUUCUGGAAUACAUGACCCUAAGCUGCAUCAUCCUUCCCAAGGCUUCCGCUUUGGAACUGUCCGGGAAAGCAGUGCUGAAGAUUAUGUAAGGCAAAGCUUCCCAGAGAUGCAUGAGUAUAUGAGAAGGUACAAUGUACCAGCCACUCCAGAUGGAGUACAGUAUCUGAAGAAUGAUCCAGAGAAACUAGACGCUUUCAUCAUGGACAAAGCCCUUCUGGAUUAUGAAGUGUCGAUAGAUGCUGACUGCAAGCUUCUAACCGUGGGGAAGCCAUUUGCCAUAGAAGGAUAUGGCAUUGGUCUCCCACCCAACUCUCCACUGACGUCCAACAUAUCUGAGCUAAUCAGUCAAUACAAGUCCCAUGGGUUUAUGGAUGUGCUGCAUGACAAGUGGUACAAGGUGGUUCCCUGUGGCAAGAGAAGUUUCGCUGUCACUGAGACUUUGCAAAUGGGCAUCAAACAUUUCUCUGGACUUUUCGUGCUGCUGUGCAUUGGAUUUGGCCUAUCCAUCUUGACAACCAUUGGUGAGCACAUCGUGUAUAGGCUGUUGCUACCACGAAUCAAAAACAAAUCCAAGCUUCAAUACUGGCUACAUACCAGUCAGAGACUGCAUAGAGCAUUAAACACAUCAUUUGUAGAGGAAAAGCAGCAGCGUUUCAAGACCAAACGUGUGGAAAAGAGGUCCAAUGUGGGACCCCGUCAGCUCAUGGUGUGGAAUACUUCCAAUCUGAGUCAUGACAACCAACAAAAAUACAUCUUUAGUGAUGAGGGAGGACAAAACCAACUGGGUAUGCAGACGACCCACCAAGACAUCCCUCUGCCCCUAAGGAGAAGAGAGCUCCCUGCUUUGCUGGCCACCAAUGGGAAAGCAGACCCCCUCAAUGUAGCUCGGAACUCAGUGAUGCAAGAACUCUCAGAGCUCGAGAAGCAGAUUCAGGUGAUCCGCCAGGAGCUGCAGUUGGCUGUGAGCAGGAAAACAGAGCUGGAGGAGUAUCAAAGGACAAAUCGGACUUGUGAGUCGUAGACAAUCACGCUGUUCCCCUUUCUCAGCCUGGCAUUGCUGAGCCCUUGAGACAUUUUAUAAUGCUCUUUUGUAAUGAAUGACAAAGGUGUGGAGAGGCUGAGGUCUAGGUAUUCUAGAGGUCAAGUUUGCUCUCCCCAACCUAACGUGCAGCAGCAGCUCUUCCCAAGCUUGUUCACUCCCUAGGUUUCCAGGGUAGGAAUCUUUCCAAAGCAGGAGUCUGAGGUUAGUCAAGAGGAAACUCCAUGCAAGAGAUCUGUGAACAACCAGACAACCCCAGCUCCUGUUACCUUUUCACCUGGUGUCACAAAAAAAUUUCUGGGUUUUAACCCAUUCUCUGCACUUCACCAAGAGAUAAAAAUUGUCAGUUAUACCUGUGUCUUACUGGGUUGGUUAUUAAUCUUAUUUUGGACCAGGAUUAUCCAUGGUUGUAAGAUCUGAACAACUUCCCAAUCUAGAGUUUUACCUACAUUCUGAACAGGGAGCAGGUAAAACCUGGGGGACAUUGGAUACUUAAAAUUUAAUGAUUCGGAAUCACUGCAGGCAAGGAUUGACUGCACCAGGCAAGAGCCAUAUUCUUGAGAAGACUUUGGGUCACUAACCCCAUCAUGACUAACAUUUAAUAGGAACACGUUUACAUGCCACUAUGAAAGGGGAUAGGGAUGUGGUGAGUGGGAAGAGAGGACAGGCAGAAGAGGCAUUAAAAAUGCACACUGUGCUUUUAGAACAAAAGCUCUGAGCCACAAAGAUAAUAAGGCAUGAAUUGGACUAUACUUCUAAUAUAACUGAGCAUCUCUAUGAUAGUGUGUGCCUUUUAUAAAGGAAACAAAAGAAAAUAAAGCAAGACCUGGCUUUGGGAUGAACCUAGAAUACCCCUGCUUAUUGCCUUUAACAGGGUUCAUGAGCUGGCACUGUAGGGUAAGUGCAAUGUUCUGCACACAAAAAAGAAGGCCAUUAUCAGAGCAGUAGACACCUAUUUCUGAGCCCUAGGAACUCCAAAAGCGAAGCUGGGCACAUAAACAUCACAAGCUUCAACAUUCAGGAGCUGCCUGUGCUUGGUAUAUCAAUACAGACAAUCACCAGGUCAAUCUACCAUCCUCACACCCUCACCCACUCAUCUCUGAGGAGCUAUGAACAGGUUUUGGUCCCUGAUUAUUCUCCAGGUCACUCUGAAAAAACUUAUGUAAGUAACCUAGCUUCCCCUCUGACUAGGCAUUCUUUUCCCUGCAUGCAACUGUGUGGGUUUCUAGAAAGGAAAAAAAAAAUUAGAACUCUAGAACUUCAGUUCCCAAAUGU